AGGAUUUAAAAGGAGCGGAACGGGGCUCAUGGCGGAGGAAAUCUGAGCGAGUGGGAGCGGCAGCGGGGCCGAUGCGGGAGAUGACCGGGAACCGAGCAGCCGAGCUCUGCGUCUGGUUGCUGCUCUUGACGUCGAGGCUCAAGCCGCUUUUAGGGGAUGUGCAAGAAAUUGAUGAGUCACUGGAAUCAAAGCCAGAUCAACAGAGUGAUCAAGUCGGAGAUCAACCAACAGGAACCAGAGUCGUUGCUGGGCAGAUCAUGGACUCCACAGAAGACUUUGGGGAAAGUAAAUCCGAUGAACAGAAUGCUGCCUCUGAAGAAGAAAGUGUAAACACGGAUAAAGAUGUUCAAAAAGCAAUUGGUGGGACUGCUGAUGGUGAAUCCUGUGUGUUUCCCUUCCUGUUCAUGGACCAGGAGUACCUGAGAUGUACCACAGAUGGAAGAGAUGAUGACAGACUCUGGUGUGCAACAACCUACAACUAUAAUCAGGACAGGAAAUGGGGCUUUUGUGAGACUGAUGAAGAAGCCAGUCAAAGAAAGCUUGCACAGGAAGCAGAGAGAGUUUAUCAUACUGGAAUGAAAAUGAUCAAUAGUACAAGUAAAAAGAGCCAAAAGAAAGAAGGUUAUAAAAUACUUAUGCAAGCAGCUGAAAUGGGAAAUACUAAGGCCAUGGAGAAGGUGGGCUAUGCCAUGCUACUGGGUGAUUACAUGAAGUUGGACAUUGGAGCUGCAAAGAAUUUCUUUGAGCUGCUUGCAGAACAGGGUUCGCCGAAAGGUCAAACAGCACUUGGAUUCCUUUAUGCAUCUGGUGUGGGUGUCCAUUCAAGUCAAGCUAAGGCAUUAGUAUUUUACACAUUUGGAGCACUUGGAGGGAACUUGUUGUCACACAUGAUUUUGGGUUAUAGGUAUUGGGCUGGCAUUGGAGUCCCUCAGAGUUGUGAAUCUGCAUUAACUCAUUACAAGCUAGUGGCAAAUUAUGUUGCCAGUGAUGUGUCUUUGACUGGUGGUAAUGUUGUUCAGAGAAUCCGUCUUCUUGAUGAAGCUGAGAACUCUGGUGUUAGCAGUGGAAUGCUGGAGGAUGAUUUAAUUCAAUAUUACCAAUUCCUGGCUGAAAAGGGAGAUGUCCAAGCACAGGUUGGACUUGGUCAAUUACAUUUACAUGGAGGACGAGGUGUAGAACAAAAUUAUCAGAGAGCCUUUGAAUACUUCAAUCAGGCAGCUGCCACUGGAAAUGCUCAUGCAAUGGCUUUUCUUGGAAAAAUGUAUUCAGAGGGUAGUAGUGUUGUACCCCAGAACAAUGAUACUGCUUUUCAUUACUUCAAGAAAUCGGCAGACAUGGGUAAUCCAGUUGGACAGAGUGGCCUAGGAAUGGCUUACUUGUAUGGAAAGGGUGUCCCAGUGAAUCAUGAAUUGGCACUGAAAUACUUUCAGAAAGCUGCUGAACAGGGUUGGGUGGAUGGACAACUUCAGCUGGGCUCCAUGUAUUACAAUGGUGUAGGUGUGAAGAGAGAUUACAAACAAGCCUUGAAGUAUUUUAACCUUGCUUCACAAGCUGGACACAUACUGGCUUUUUAUAACUUGGCGCAGAUGCACGCAAUAGGCAGUGGUGUGAUUCGAUCUUGUCAUACAGCUGUUGAGUUAUUCAAAAACGUCUGUGAACGAGGUCGCUGGUCAGAGCGGCUGAUGUCUGCAUAUAGUAGCUAUAAGGAGGGUGACACUGAUUCUGCUUUGGUACAGUACUUGUUGUUGGCUGAACAAGGCUAUGAGGUGGCCCAGAGCAAUGCUGCCUUCAUUCUGGAUCAAAAGGAAGCUAAAAUUUUUGGUGAAAAUGAAACAUAUCCACGAGCACUACUGCACUGGAACAGAGCAGCAGCACAAGGUUAUACAGUUGCAAGAAUCAAGCUUGGAGACUAUCACUUCUACGGUUAUGGCACUGACAUUGACUAUGAAACUGCCGUUAUUCAUUAUAGACUUGCUUCUGAGCAGCAGCACAGUGCACAGGCCAUGUUUAACUUGGGCUACAUGCAUGAAAAGGGUUUGGGCAUUAAACAGGAUAUUUAUCUUGCAAAGCGGUUUUAUGACAUGGCUGCAGAGACUAGUCCUGAUGCUCAAGUUCCUGUCUUCCUAGCCCUUUGUAAACUGGGAAUGAUCUACUCAAUGGAUUACCUGAGUGAAACCAAAUUCCGAGAAUUGUGGAUGCAGAUUGACUUGGAUGCGUUACUGGGCCCUGAAUGGGAUCUUUACCUCAUGACCAUACUAGCUCUGCUAUUGGGAACUGUGAUUGCAUAUAGACAAAGGCAGCAGCAACCUCGCCUACGAGCACCAGAACCUCAACGUGAGCAACAGUAGCAAAGAUGUAGUCUUUCCUUGCCCUCCCCUACCAUCAACAGUACAAGAAAAUGUUAGAUCUUUAACUUUUAUGAAGUGCACAUUUUCUUAAAGUGGCCUGUUUUGGGGCUUGGUUUUUAGCUGUUUAGGUCAGUGCCUGAAGAAUAGUUUUACAAACACCACAGAGCUCAUUCUUCAACAUUGUUAAUUUUACUUGUUUUUUUUUUCAUAGUUUGUAUUAAAUUUCCUGGUUUUGAAUUGGACCCGAUUUGUUUCCCAUGAGGAUAUAGAAAGUAAAUCCUGCGAGAGUUGUUCUUAGAAGUGCCAUUACACACACAGCCACCUAAUGCACAUUAGUUACUUGCCAUUAGAUCUGUUCCUGCACCUUAGCUCUUUGAAUUUGCCAACCAUUCACCUUGCUUUCAAGAGAUUGUUGCUUUCAACAGCUGGUCUGCUCAUGGAGCUUUACUGUUUUGUCGAAUGAUGAUUUUGUUCCACUUCAGAAACCUUGAAAGCAGCUAAAGAAAUAAUAUAAUUAUUUAAGGAUUAAAUUUAUUGCUAAUCUGGAAACACAUUUUAAGAUACGUACUAGUGUUUUCCCCAGGUUUGAGUGAUUGUUUUGUUUCUCUAUUGGAAAGGGGGUUCACCUGGUAUGUUAUGGUUUUUGUCUCGUAUUUGAUCACUUUGCAAGGCAGGAUUCUUUUUUUUAAAAAAACCUAAAAUUUUGAGUGAACCAUUUCAUUUAGUGUGGUGAAUUUUUUUUUGCCUGAUGGGGAUAUUUUUGAAAAUGUGCAGAGCCAAACCUGUGAGACUAACUUGGUUCUUGAUAAGACAUUAAUGGAAAUAAAGUACUACAAUUAUGAUGGGCAAGUGACAACAUGUUUGUGAUAGUCUUGGAUGAUAAUUUAAUGGGACAAUAAUUGGAGUUUAAUGAUGGAUUUGAAUAAUAGCAAAAGUAGAGCAAAGAAUGGAAUUAUGGCUUGGCUCUACCUUUAAUGGGGAACCACGAGUUGGGGAAGGAGGGAAGAGACCCAACUUUACAAUUAAGCAACUUCCGGGGAGCCCACUUAAACACAGUCUAGUUGAAAAUCAGUAAGUGGUCUCUGGGGCAAAUGGUCAAUAAAGAUUGCACUUUUGUUUUUGGGCAUAUAGCUGAAGUUUCAAAGCAUGUAUUCCCUUUAAAAUUGGGAUGGGUAGCUAGGUUGUAAAUGUACUAUAUUGUAAAUGCAGUAAGGAACUGCUGUGUAAAAUUGUUUAAAGAUGUUAAUAAGAUGUACAAACUUUUUUAAUAUGAUAACCUUUUGUGAAUUGAAAAUUGCAGUCCAAUUAGUCAUCAAACUGUAUUUAAGCUUGUUUUAAUAAAAAUGUCCCUAAGUA